CGUUCGCCUUCAUUCAACAAUGUCUCUCAAUCUCUCUCUCCUUGUCAUUCUCUCUCUCCUCUUUAUCUCCGCAGUUCAAGCGGACGCACUCAACGGUGAUGAUCCGUUGAUCAGGGAAGUAGUGGACGGUCAGGAUGCGUCAUCAUCAAACCUGUUAAGCGCAGAGCAGCAUCACUUCUCGCUGUUCAAGAGUAAAUUCAAGAAAUCCUACGGCUCACAGGAAGAGCAUGAUUACCGGUUCUCGGUAUUCAAGGCUAAUCUGAGACGCGCGGCGCGUCAUCAGGCAUUGGACCCAACGGCAAGUCAUGGAGUGACUCAGUUCUCCGAUUUGACUCCGGCGGAGUUUAGAAAGCAGGUUUUAGGGUUGCGCAGGUUGAGGUUGCCUAAGGAUGCGAAUGAAGCUCCGAUUCUACCUACUAGUGAUUUGCCUGAGGAUUUUGAUUGGAGAGAUAAAGGAGCUGUUGGUCCUGUUAAAAAUCAGGGUUCGUGCGGGUCGUGCUGGAGUUUUAGUGCCACAGGAGCUUUGGAAGGUGCCCACUUUCUUGCAACUGGAGAGCUUGUUAGCCUCAGUGAGCAGCAGCUUGUGGAUUGCGAUCAUGAGUGUGAUCCUGAAGAACCAGAUUCAUGUGACUCUGGAUGCAAUGGUGGGUUGAUGAAUAGCGCCUUUGAGUACACUUUCAAAGCUGGUGGUCUUAUGCGUGAGGAAGACUAUCCUUACACUGGUACUGAUCGUGGUACUUGCAAAUUUGACAAGAACAAGGUUGCAGCAAGAGUGGCCAACUUUAGUGUUGUUUCCCUUGAUGAAGAUCAAAUUGCUGCAAAUCUUGUGAAAAACGGACCUCUUGCAGUGGCCAUCAAUGCUGUGUUCAUGCAAACAUACAUUGGAGGAGUGUCAUGCCCAUAUAUCUGCUCAAGGAGGCUGGAUCAUGGAGUGUUGCUGGUGGGAUAUGGUUCAGCUGGCUAUUCUCCUAUCAGGAUGAAGGAUAAGCCAUACUGGAUCAUCAAGAACUCCUGGGGAGAAAAGUGGGGAGAGAAUGGAUUCUACAAGAUUUGCAGAGGUCGCAAUGUUUGUGGAGUAGACUCCAUGGUCUCAACUGUUGCUGCUGUGCAGACCACCUCCCAGUAGGAUGCGAAUCCUAAUAUGAUUUACUUAUCAUUGUAAAUAAGGUUACAAUUAAGUCAUACAUAUCUGCCUACCAUUUUCAAUCAAAUCAUAGGAUAGUGGAAUUUCUUCGAAAUUUCCCAUGCCUUGGGUCUGCAAAAGCAGCUGUACUAUGUCGUUUGUCUUUCUAGUGCAAUCAACCCUUUGAAGACUUGCAAUGCUUGUCUUUUUUCAUCUA